AGCUAAUGCUAGAAGAGUUCCCUUGAACGACAAGCGAAUAGAUCGAUCAACUCAUAGUUCCACCGGCAAAGAAUUUCCGAUGGCGAGCGAGGGCGAAGAUGCGGUGGCUCGUCGCCGUGGUGCGGUAACCGAGUACCGGAAGAAGAUGCUUCAACAUAAAGAGCUCGAUUCUAGAGUUCGAGGAGUGAGAGAGAGUUUGCGAAGUACAAAGAAGGAUUAUGCAAAAACAGAAGAUGAUUUGAAAUCCCUUCAAAGUGUUGGACAGAUAAUAGGCGAAGUCCUAAGACCUCUUGACAACGAACGAUUGAUUGUUAAAGCAAGUAGUGGCCCAAGGUAUGUGGUUGGAUGCAGGAGUAAAGUGGACAAAGAAAAACUCACUGCUGGAACUCGUGUGGUUCUUGACAUGACUACUCUGACCAUUAUGCGGGCCCUCCCUCGUGAAGUUGACCCGGUUGUUUACAACAUGCUUCAUGAAGACCCUGGGAACAUCAGCUACUCUGCAGUUGGUGGGCUUUCAGAUCAAAUUCGUGAACUUAGGGAAUCCAUAGAGUUGCCUUUAAUGAACCCUGAACUCUUCAUAAGGGUUGGAAUCAAGCCCCCUAAGGGUGUUCUUCUGUAUGGACCUCCUGGUACUGGCAAGACAUUACUAGCAAGAGCAAUUGCCAGCAAUAUAGAUGCUAAUUUCUUGAAGGUUGUUUCAAGUGCGAUUAUUGAUAAGUAUAUUGGUGAGAGUGCAAGGUUGAUUAGGGAAAUGUUUAAUUAUGCUCGUGAUCACCAACCUUGUAUCAUAUUCAUGGAUGAAAUUGAUGCGAUUGGUGGACGUAGAUUCAGCGAGGGAACAAGUGCAGAUCGUGAAAUCCAAAGAACACUCAUGGAGUUGUUAAAUCAACUCGAUGGAUUCGAUCAACUUGGAAAGGUUAAAAUGAUAAUGGCGACAAACAGACCGGAUGUGUUGGACCCGGCUCUUCUCCGACCCGGUCGACUCGAUAGAAAAAUAGAGAUUCCAUUGCCCAACGAGCAGUCAAGAAUGGAAAUUCUUAAAAUCCAUGCUGCUGGGAUUGCUAAACAUGGUGAAAUCGAUUAUGAAGCAGUUGUCAAGCUUGCUGAGGGAUUUAAUGGAGCGGAUUUGAGGAAUGUGUGUACGGAGGCAGGUAUGAGUGCGAUUCGUGCAGAGCGUGAUUAUGUCAUCCAUGAAGAUUUCAUGAAGGCUGUGCGUAAACUGAACGAGGCCAAGAAGCUUGAAUCCAGUGCUCAUUACAAUGCUGAUUUUGGAAAAGACUAGGAACAGAUGACAACAUUACGUAGUACUUGUAGUUUCCAAAGUUUGUACUUGGAUUUACCUUAUUAUUUGCUAAUCUUCACAUUUAUUUUUUUAAAUGCCAAUAGACUUUUAGCA